GCCCGUGCGCCCUCCGGUGCCAGCUCGGCUCUCUUCGCCUGGUGUUCCCACGGGCUCCCGGGAGGUAGCGGACAGUGCGGUGGAGAGGCGCAGAGCCCUGCCCCGAGGGGCCGGAGGCCACCCAAGGGGCGCCCGGGCGCUCGGCCCCGGGGGAAAGGCAGCGAGGAAGAGAAGCUGCCCAAGUGACUAGUCUUGGAGGUGCCCUCUCUCGAGGAGGAGCUGAACGCCCGGGAGCCCUUUUCCCGGGUGUCAUUGGCUUGAACAAUCUCUGGCCGCUGGAGAGGUAGGGCAGCGCCGGCUCUGGGGGACCUGGCCCGGGAUCAUUUUCCGAACCUGCCCCGCGAUUUUUGCGCAUCAGGAGCCAGACCCCGGCUGCGCGCGCCGGGCAGGACUCCGGCGCGCCUCCUGGGCGUUGUGGUGCUGCGGCGCCUAGCGAAGCCCGCUUUCGGAGCUCCGGGGGCUUUUGAGAGACACAACCUCGAGGCAAGGGCGUAUGGAGGGCUGCUGUGGAGCCAGGGACUUGGAGGAGUGAGGCGUGUAUUUUCAGCUACACCUCAGAGAGGGGAGAAUUCUGUCACCACCAGAGAGACAACCGCCCCCAAAUGUGACCACGAUUGACUAGAUCCGCAGAGGCCUGGGAAUCUCCGGAUUGAUAGCCUAGAAUAUGCUAAAAAGCCAGUGCUUUCCACUGGGAACUGAAGGGUCAGCUGGUGAAUGCAACAGUGACCUGGAGCAAGGGAGUCAGAAGACAGUUCUAGAGAGCAGGGAGGACCUUCCAAGGGGCCGACUCGGGUGGCCAAGGGUAGGCUCCUAACCCGCGAUUGUUGCAGCCCUCUGAUGGGAUGCUGGUGAGGUCCUGCGGCCCCGGGAGCCGGUGGGGCUGUGCGAGGGGCCGCCCAGUGGGUGAGAACUGCAGGUUUGACUGACCUCUCAUCCCUGCUUAGGAACUGGAGGGUGUCAGAGCCCCCCGCGUGCACCCCCUCAGCAAGAUGAGGACUCUGAACACCUCUACCAUGGACGGGGCUGGGCUGGUGGUGGAGAGAGACUUCUCCUUCCGCAUCCUUACAGCCUGUUUCCUGUCUCUGCUCAUCCUGUCCACGCUCCUGGGGAACACGCUGGUCUGUGCGGCUGUCAUCAGAUUCCGACACCUGCGGUCCAAGGUGACCAACUUCUUUGUCAUCUCCUUGGCCGUAUCGGAUCUCUUGGUGGCUGUUUUGGUCAUGCCCUGGAAAGCAGUGGCGGAGAUCGCUGGCUUCUGGCCCUUUGGGUCCUUCUGUAACAUCUGGGUGGCCUUUGACAUCAUGUGCUCCACUGCGUCCAUCCUCAACCUCUGUGUGAUCAGCGUGGACAGGUAUUGGGCCAUCUCCAGCCCCUUCCGGUAUGAGAGGAAGAUGACCCCCAAAGCAGCCUUCAUUCUGAUCGGCGUGGCAUGGACCUUGUCGGUACUCAUCUCCUUCAUCCCAGUGCAACUCAGCUGGCACAAGGCCAAACCCACAAGCCCCUCCGAUGGGAAUGCCACUUCCCUAGGUGAGACCACGGACAACUGUGAUUCCAGCUUAAGCAGGACAUACGCCAUUUCGUCCUCCCUGAUAAGCUUCUAUAUCCCCGUGGCCAUCAUGAUUGUCACCUACACCAGGAUCUAUAGGAUCGCCCAGAAACAAAUACGGCGCAUCUCGGCCCUGGAGAGGGCAGCCGUCCAUGCCAAGAAUUGCCAGACCACUACAGGUAAUGGAAACCCCGCGGAGUGUUCUCAACCGGAAAGCUCCUUUAAGAUGUCCUUCAAAAGAGAGACUAAAGUUCUGAAGACCCUGUCGGUGAUCAUGGGGGUGUUUGUGUGCUGCUGGCUGCCUUUCUUCAUCUUGAACUGCAUGGUGCCCUUCUGUGGGUCUGGGGAGACCAAGCCCUUCUGCAUCGAUUCCAUCACCUUCGACGUGUUUGUGUGGUUUGGGUGGGCUAAUUCCUCCUUGAACCCCAUCAUUUAUGCCUUUAAUGCUGAUUUUCGCAAGGCAUUUUCAACUCUCUUAGGAUGCUACAGACUUUGCCCUACCACGAAUAAUGCCAUAGAGACGGUUAGCAUCAAUAACAACGGGGCCGUGGUGUUUUCCAGCCAUCACGAGCCUCGAGGCUCCAUUUCCAAGGACUGCAAUCUGGUUUAUCUGAUCCCACAUGCGGUGGGCUCCUCCCAGGACCUGAAGAAGGAGGAGGCGUGUGGAACGGCCAGACCCUUGGAGAAGCUGUCCCCGGCCCUGUCUGUCAUAUUGGACUAUGACACUGAUGUCUCUCUAGAGAAGAUUCAGCCCAUCACACAAAAUGGACAGCAUCCGACCUGAGCUCUGAGAUGAACCCUGCCAGACAGGCUCACCCCAAAAGCCGGAGGAGACUUUCGGUGGCUUGUUGUUAGGAAACUAAGGUGCGGUGAGGCCCUGAGACGUCAGGCAAGCCCCCCUCUGCUGCUUUCCCUCAACACACAACUAACUACGUUUUAAAAUACAUUCCAGUGUGUUUUCUGUGUUGUUCGUAGUGAAUCAAAGAGGGACAUAUGUGAAGUGAACGUUCACGGGGACAUGUCUUUGGCUCCAAAGUUAUUUUUAGAAACUGGCUCUUAUCUUAGGACUUAAAAUAUAGGGCAAAGAAUCAACAGUGAACGGCAUCGAUUUAGAAAAUUAAUCCUUUCCAGGACGGAAGGAAAUGAGAAGGGUUGAGUUUGCUGUGUACAAACAGGUGCUAACAGAUGUCCAAGCAAAGUUUUCCGAUUGUAAAGGUAGGUGCAUGCCUUCAUAAAUUAUUUCUGAAACAUAAUUAAGCCUUACAGUAGGAAUGGGAUUUUUUUUUUUCCAGACUUGAGAGAUGCUUUGUUGAUACUGGUUUUAUUUAUUUAUUGUAUUAUGUGGGUAUUUUUAAUUUAUUACAAUAAAUCUAUAUUUAUCAUAUGUCAUAGGAUAAACUUAUGAGUUAUCUGAGACCUUGUUCGUCCAUCUAAGUAGUACCUUAUUGGCCAGUGAAAUAAACACACAAACUCUCUGAGAUGCUAAAUGCCCGUGUAUCACUUCCAGCAAAGACUGAUAGGAAAUGAAGCUGUGAUAAUUCCUUAAAGUUCAUGGGCGUAAAUAAAUAAGAGGGGAGAAUUGACAAAUGCCGUGGAUGUUUUUCUGGAAAGAUUCUGAAAAACUUAGAAAGGCAUAGCUACUACUGUGUUCAAAUGUUUUUUAAUGACAGAGACUUUCCCAGGAGAAAGAUUUGCAGUUCUGUAAAUAUCUUUAAUAAAAGCCAGCUUAAGAAGAACCCGACUUGAAACUCAUGAGCUUAGGUGGUAAUAAAAAGUAUGUGCCACUUUGUAUUUAUGUAAAAUAAUUGGCCCUCUGUGUCUUUUCUCAUUUCCAUGUCAGAUAGCUUUUCCGAACCAAACAAAUUGCUGUCCUGGUUAAACGUGUGUAGUGAAGACAGUAGGUUUCCUUAACUCUCGCGUGACAACAGUCGCACCAAUGGACAAAGGUCAAAUCCUGCAUUUCUGUCUUACCAGGUCAAAGCGCACCACUCAGUGGGGUGACUUUUUGUAGUGCUUUAAUCUGAAAUUAGAAUUGAUUUUUUUUUUUUCCUAGUCUAGAUGUUAAUAGUGUACUAACUAACGAAUAGUGCCUCAUUAUCAUCCUCGAGUUAGACACUUCUCUGGGUGGAAAAAACAGGAGACCCCUUCUGGGUGGGUGUGUUAAGUGCCCCGAAGCCAUCAGUAUCUCUUGACAAAUGCUAGCUCCUUCUCUGUGCUUCAGAAUCAAGUUCCUAUCUCAUCAUCUCAACUGUAUAAAGUAUCAGUAUAGAGUCUCUCUUGCCAGAUACUCAUUCACGUGGGGCGUUUCAAGAGGAUUUCUUUGAAAUGUUUACAAAGUAUUGUUGACAAGCAAUUUACUUAACAUUUAGAUGACAUGGGUCACAAGAAAUAAAUUGACUGAAAAGUAUCUCCUGCAUCAGGUCCGUGUUAUUUAUGCAUUGUGAAUGUUUCUUCCUUUUAUUGCCUGUAUGCUUUCUUACAUAUAAUAAAAUUAUUUUGUGAACUCAAAUCAA